GCUCCAGCGCCAGCUCGUUUUGCAAGGCGGCUGCUACCAGCCUGUCCGCCCGCUUCGCCGCUCCCCCUCCCUCGAUACGCCGUUCUCUCGGCCGGCCGAUCUCUCUUUGCCUCCUCUGAUACUGCACAUCGCCAGUUGGAAUCCUCCCUCCCUUCGUGAUUGCGCAUCAAAUCCCACCUCCCGCGUCAUUGCAUCCCUCCAGCCAUCUGUGUACGGCCUUGUACACCGACGCCGGACCUGGAACGAGUGGCGCGUUGACUGAAGCUAGUUGGAAGCUGCUUCAGUAGCUGAGCUGCUCGCUUGCCAGGCACGACCCCCCCCCCCCCAAACCCUCUCCCCCCCUGAGCCUUUGCCUGUCCCUUUCCCUUCGUCUCUCCCUUUUUUGCCUCGUCAUGUCUAGUCCGGAACCGCAUGGCUCAUCUGGUUUCACAGACUCGGAAUCGUCUGCUGAAUCCCUCGAUUACCAACAUCAAUAUACGUCCACCCACGACCCCGUUCCUCCCGACGAGGGAGGCAGCUACAACUUUUAUACGCAUCCCGCCCGAACAUCCGUGCUAGACGCCAACGGUGAAUUGCUCCUCGAUCCCACGCUCCCUCUUGUGCCUGCGCCGGCCGCAACCUCGACUGAAAUGGAUAAUCCGGCAGCUCAGGGCGACAUGGCCAACGUGUGGAGGCCGACCGGCAGCUUGCCGUCCUUUUCUCGAGCAUUCGACAUCUUUUCUGUGGAUUCCAUGGACGACCGGUUCUUUGUGCCAUCGUAUCUCAAGGGUUCGACAUACGUUCAGAAGCUGGAGGAGGUGUACAAUACCAAGCUAGAGGCUCAGAAGGAGGGUAAACGGAGCAAAGGGAAUGGGCAGGAUCUCAGCACUUCGGGUCUCAGCACGACACCCCUCCCUCCUGGCGCACAUAGAGGCAUACUGCACACCGUCCUGGAGAGAACGCCGUAUGAUGGCGACGACAGUCUGGCGCCUCUGCCAGUCCACUGGAACCCUGGUGAUAUGUGGGCGUCUCUAGAGGUGACACCAAAUUUGCUCGGGCUCAAAUACACUGGACCCAAGAGCCACCAUGAGCGCGACCAUGAGGCUAGUGCUAUUCGAGCGGAUAAUUUCAUGCCUCCUCAAUGUGGGAUAUACUAUUACGAAGUGCAGAUUAUUUCGGGCAAACGAGACGAUACGACGAUUGCGGUUGGAUUUUCUACCAAGAACGCAGCAUUAUCACGGCCUGUCGGCUGGGAGCCAGAAUCUUGGGGAUACCACGGCGACGACGGCCGGUGUUUUACAGGCCAAAACAUAGGCAGGCCUUUUGGCCCGGUGUUUAACAGCGGUGACGUUAUCGGGUGCGGAGUCAACUUUCGAGACCACACAGCAUUCUUCACCAAAAACGGACGGAUGAUUGGGGUCGCAUUUCACGACGUCACCAGGACUAAUUUAUACCCAGCCAUCAGCUUGAAAAAGCAGGGCGAGGAAGUUUCAGUCAAUUUUGGGCAGUCACCUUUCGUCUACAACAUUGAUGACAUGAUGAAUGAACAACGAGAAAUCAUCCAAAAUGCCAUUCAGUUGGCAGACACUUCGCAGCUCGAGCCAGGCAUGAACGAAACAGAUCUCAUUCAAGCGCUGGUGCUGCAGUUUCUCCAACAUGAUGGCUACGUGGAGACGGCUCGCGCUUUUGCAGAGGAUAUGAAGCUGCAAAAGGAGGCCUUGAACCUAAAUCCGAACGUCACUGUUGACGGCCUUAACAUCAAAGACGAUGAGGAUGCAAACAACAGACAACGAAUUCGGCGAGCGAUACUCGACGGAGAAAUAGACCAAGCGCUCGAGUAUACCAAUACGUAUUAUCCGCAAGUUCUCCGCGACAACGAGCAGGUAUACUUCAAGCUGCGAUGUCGCAAGUUCAUCGAGAUGGUGCGGAGAGCUGCCGAGCUGAGUAUAAAAUACGACGCCAAAAGGGGCACUGAGCUCGGUCAAGAGAUGGACCUGGAUGUUAACGGCAGUCACGGAUGGGGAGACAACAUGGAGACAGAUGGAGGGGAUCAUGGCGCGGAGCUGACCAAGUUGGAAAAUAAGAUGCUAAGCUAUGGCCAGGCCCUGCAGGCUGAGUUUGCCAACGAUCCCCGGAAGGAGAUUAGCAAGUCGCUGAAUGAGAUUUGGGCCUUGGUGGCAUACAAAAAUCCGCUUAAGGAGCCUCAGGUCAGCCACCUGCUGGAUGGAAAAGGACGAGUGACGGUUGCCGAGGAGCUGAAUUCUGCCAUCCUAUCAUCGUUGGGAAAGUCAUCACGAGCAUCACUGGAAACGCUAUACGCGCAGACCAAUGUGCUGCUAGAAGAAUUACGAAAGGAUGGCGGACCAGGAGCAUUUGUCUCGCUACAGGAUGUGGUAGAUAGCAUUCAGCAGUCUCAACAGGUGUGAAGAAACGAUACCAUGGCUUUUUUUCUGCUGGGAGGUCCACCGGCAGAGCGAUUCACAUUUUUUUCGUCCCCGUUUCAACUUGCCCCUCAUAUGGCGUCUCGCAUCUUUGGAGUUUUGGCACUAGGAUGGUUUUCUAUCUCUUCCCUGUUCCUCUUCUUUUUUCCCCUUCUCUCUUUUUCUAAACUUUGUCUCUUCUUACCCCCCUCCCCUCCCCUCUUUCAUUAUUUUUGAUUGCUUUAGGCGUUUAGAUCUAGGGAAUCUGGUAGCAAGCGGACGCAGUGCGUUCACCCCGUCAAUGGGGAAAUAGGCACGGGUCAAACUAAUGGCUGAUACGUGGUUACGGCGUAGGAAUCCUUGGGUCUUGUUGUAUAAGCUAAAGGCGAGGUGUCAUGAUGGGUGAGGCGAGCGGGCAGUGUUGAUGUCUUGGGUUAGGGAUGUUUGAACUUGUCACAAGAUAGAGCCAAGGUAUUAUUGAAGGCGAAGGCAAGAGUUUAGUUGAUUUUGUGCUGUGAUGAGCAAAAUUUCCUUUUGUCUUUCCCUUAUUUCCUUCUUUGGAGCUUUUCUUCUUCUUUGAUUUGAAUAUUUUACAUGAGGGAGCAUUUUGUUCCUUUAUUGGGAGAACAUUUAUUAUUGUACAUUGAAGGGGUGCUUUAAUGUUGGUUUACUUGUUCCCCCUGUGCCUCAGGCCAACACCUCUCAUAUAGCCGUCUCCUGUGCUCUACCAGAUUAUCAAACUUGGCCAGGCAUUGCGCCAGCGAAUAGUCGUCGGCCCAGCCAAACGCCUCGUCCAGGAUCAAAUACGUGUAAGCAAAGACCUCUGCGUCGAACAGGCCCGGGCCGGGCUGGCCAAAGAACCAGUCGUCGCCGGCGAGGAGGGCGGAGAGCGAGCGCAGGGCGUCGGUGGCGUCUGCGAGGAGCUGGGGCGGGUCGAUGAGGGCGCGGCGGGUGGUAUUGAGGAUCUCGUCGGUGGCGGCGUUGCGGAGGGUGUGAAGGGAGGGGAGAUGGAGGAUGGGUGAGGGGGGGAGGUAGAGGGAUUUGAGGAGGUGGGUAUUUGAGUUGUGGAGGUAGAGGGCGUAGAGCCAUGCGGGACGAAGGCUUUGUAAGAGAAGAGCUUCGUAGGCUUCGGUGCGGGAGGGAGGAGAGUCGGGCAAGGUUUCCCUGGGGGAGUUGUCUUUGGCGUAGCGGUGGAUCUUUGCCCCGGUGAGGGGGACUGUUGGUUUUGUUACGGCAUUGCUGCUGGGGGUUGUCGUCGAUUCCUUCUCGGAUGUGGGUGUUUGUGUUGUCGGGGGGAGGAGAAAGGGCAAUGCGCCGGAGGGGGAGGCAUGGUUGUUGGAGGGGACGAGAUGGACUUGUACGCCGGCUAUGCGGAGGAAUGUCUGCCACUUCAGGCACUGGGGAUUGAAGCUCGGCCGGCCGCUGCGAGCAUCCUCCAGCGUCCGCGCAAAGACGUACAGGCACGGCCGCGGACGUGUUCUCUCGGGGGCUCGCUCGGGCAGAGAUUCGGCAGGGAGGGUGGUCAAGGGGAACAGCUUGAACAGCUCGCGGACGGGGGCCGGAACGGCGAACCAGCCGGGGCGAGACGGGGGGCCGGCCAUGUGGCGGAGGAGGGGAAGAAUCUCCGGGGGUUGAUGCUCCAGAUGCCGAGUGAGGCGGGGUGUGCGUUUCUGGAGAAGGAGCAAUUGGUUUCAAUACGAGAACCCCCUCUUUUUUUAUUAUUAUUUCUCCGUUCUUGGGGGGUCCUUUCAGUUGGUCGAUGAGACGAGGCUGAGGCUGAGCACCAGAUGGCGAUUGUUCGCUUCCACGGAAGAACAAUGGCAGAACAGAAAAAUAGGGCCGAGCUUCUAGAAGUUCCCCGGAGGCUUGCCUUGGGUUCGGGAGAAAUCUCGGAGUAAAAAAAAAAUAGUUGAAAGAAU